AAUUUAAUAUCAUAAAAUAUAAAUUAUUGCAACAAUAUUAUCAAUAACACUUUUAGAAACCAAAAACAAAGAGAAAGAAAAAAUUUAAUAAGAUACACUCACCUCGCAAUAAAACUAAACCGUCGUUCGUUAAACAAAAUUACCGAUACUGGUCAAUCGUGUAAUACCUAUAUGUUCAAUGAUAUUAAGUUAUACAAUAUUUAGAUACAGCAUAUAAUAAUAAUAUGCCGUUCCGUACUGUAAUUGUGAUUGUCUGAAGCGAUCACGGAUUGUUAUAUAACUUACAACAGGGAGCAACAAUAGACUGUCUGUCGGCUUAAGAAAAGACUAGCUAAUGUGUCAGUAAACAUGGCCUCAGUGUGGAAACGACUGCAAAGAGUGAACAAAAGAGCAACAAAAUUCCAGUUCACCUUAUCGUACCAUCAGAUCAUAUGUGAAACUACGUCCAAAUGGACACCCAACAAAUUAGUGGUAGUAUUGAGUCGCAGAAGUCGCCGUUUCGUUAGCGAAAUACUACCUUGGGAGCCUACAAUGAAAGAUCCACUCAGAGGAGUGGUGAUUUGGCCUAUUCCAGAAAAUAAACAACUAUCAAUUACUUUGUUCAAAGAUCCGCGGACCAACGAGCACGAAGACAAAGAGUGGAAUCUGACCAUUGAAGACGUCAAUCAUUUGGGAAAGCACAGACAAAUAGCGUGUGCAAUUUUAAACAUGAAAAAAUAUGCUAGCGUCGAUUCAACACAACAUCAAAUCACUUUGGACUUCAAACCUACAUCUAAAAAAAUUACCAACGCUUCGCUUGAAAUGACACUGUCUUGUGUAUUUUUGAGGGAAGGAAAAGCUACCGACGAAGACAUGAUGAGUAUGGCCAGUCUUUUAAGUACAAACAAUAGCGAUAUCGCACCUCUUGAAGAUUUUGACGAAGAGGACGUUGAAGAUGAUUCGACAUUUGACCAAAAUGUGAGCAACUUGAAUGCCAAUUUAACGCAAAUGACAAAUAAAAUCGAACUUUUAACCAACAGUUUAAGCGAUCCUGAUUUUGACAAAACUCCUAACGACAAAAUCGCUAAACCAUUUCACAAAGAAGAAGAUUUUAAUAGUUCUCCCAAUAAAUCGGGAUCUUUAAUAGCGGACUUGAUAGCUACGCAUUUUGAAAACGGUUCUUCAGAUCCUUCAUACAUGACUUCUAGACCGAACGAAGACAAUGUACGAACCUCUCGGGCGUCGUUAAAACCAUUGAAUUUGAAAGAACCAAAUUCAGACACAUCAAAAGGCUUUGAAACUACAACACCCGGACAAGAUUUACUCGAGUGGUGUAAAGACAUCACCAAAGGCUAUGCUGGUGUCAAAGUUACUAAUCUGACCACUUCUUGGAGGAACGGCCUUGCAUUUUGUGCGGUUAUUCAUAAUUUCCGUCCUGAUCUUAUCAAUUUCGAUUCGUUAAAACCACACGAUAUUCGAGGUAACUGCAAGACUGCGUUUGAUGCUGGUGAAAUACUUGGAAUUUCAAGAGUUAUCGAGCCGUCUGACAUGGGCGUACUUACAGUUCCUGAUAAAUUGGCCGUUAUGACAUAUUUGUACCAGUUGAGGGCGCAUUUUACUGGGCACGAACUGGAAGUCCAGCAGAUCGGCAAGACCUCGGACGAAUCUUCUUACAUGAUUGGUCGGUUCAAUAAUCCUGACAGAGAGGUAUCGCUUCGUCUGUUCGAGAAAGAAAUCAACAACCUUUCGAAUGAAAAACUGAAUAACUCUAAUAGUCAAAACGAUAUCAAUAGUGGUAACGCAACGAAGGAAUAUUCUCCAGUGCCGAAGGAUGGAUUUGCCGACAAAUUGGUGAACGGGUCCAAAAGUAUUUUCGAUAAAGUAUUGUCACCAUCGAAAGAAAAGUUGUCUUUUUUCAAAGAGAAAGGAAGAUCGGCAAUGUUAUCGAAAAGACAUUUUACGGAUCCGAUUACUUCUGACGAAGACAUCAUGUCCCAAGUGGCAAGUGAAAAGAGCAAUAAAUUAACAAGGUCUCAAUCUACUAGUGAGAAUUUAAAGUGUUCGACUUCUGGAGAUAAACUGAACGAAACAAAAUCAUUACAAGAGUCGUAUAAUAAAACUCACAUACCCGAUAAAAAGAAAGUAACAGCUAAUCGCCAUAUCGAGCUCAGAGAAAGGGCUCGUCAAUUGGUGGAGCAGGCUCGACGAGAAGCUGCCAGACGAUCGUUACCACAGACACCUAAUCAAAACGAAGAAGAGAGACAACAACAACUCAGAGACCGCGCUAGGAAGUUGAUAGCGGAAGCCCGUAAAAAUAUUAACGUUUCAGCUCCAACUACUCCGGUGAUGAGCUUCAACAACGGAAGUGCCAGAAGUUCUGUAUCCCCUGUAUCUGUUAAAUCUCAAACGAGCAUUACUAACAACGAAAAGUCUUACGAUUCUAGUAGAAAUAGCAGUACUGUGGCGUUGGAUACGGGUAGUCCGCAGAAAUUACAAUCAUUUACGUCUUUAUUGGAAGCCGAUUCCGUGUUAAAAGACUCCACGAGAAGUGAAAUUAAUUACAUACAAAAUGAAGUCGAAUCACUGGAACGCGAACAAAAACAAAUUGACCGUCAAGCCGACGAAUUGGAAGUUGAACUCAGAAAAGUCAUGGACUCGGGGCACGAUCGUGAACGGGAAGAAUUCCUCAUGACCGAAUGGUUUACGCUAGUCAACAAAAAAAAUGCCUUGAUACGUCGACAAAUGCAAUUGAAUAUCUUAGAAAAAGAAGACGAUUUAGAGAGGAGAUAUCAAUUGCUCAUCAGAGAACUAAGAAGCAUUAUUGCAAUUGAAGAUUGGCAAAAGACCGAAGAACAAAAACGCCGCGAGACGUUGUUACUGGCCGAAUUAGUCAGUAUCGUAAACAAACGCGACGAACUUGUCCAUCAUUUAGAUUCUCAAGAAAGAGCAAUUGAAGAAGAUGACAAGAUAGUACUUGAACUCAACAGAUCUGGGUUUUCUCAACAAAACAAAAACUGUGUCGUUCAGUGACGUAGUCGAAUAAUUGUUUUUAAUUAUUUUACUAUUUUAUUAUUAUUUUUUUAUCCACACCAUUUUGAGAUUUUUAUCAAUUACUUUGUUGUAGUUAUCUUCUUAAACUUCUUUUAAAAUUUCUGUUUCUUUCGUUAGGUUUUUAUUAAUUAUUAGACAACUGUUUUUAUGUUAAAAUUAAGGUCUUUCAUGACCGUCAUUGUAGUAGUUUGAAAAUAACAACGUAACGCAUUCUGUUUUAUUUUGUUUUUAGCUGAUUUUUUUUAAAUUAAUCGUUUAAUGUUAUUUUAAAUAUUUUUAACGAUUGAACAUGAAAAUGCGUGUAUACUUAAAAGUUAAAACGGUUUUCCUAAUCAUUUUUAAUAGUUACUGUUUUUUUUCUUCCACCAUUGGUUGAAAAAACUUAUAUGACAUUUUUAACAUUAUUAUAAUUAUUGUAUCAUUACUACU